UUGGUUCCUUAGAAGAACAUUUUUAUGUUAGUAAGUCCAGCAACGAAGGUAUGGCAUUGAAUGCCACCGUAGUGACGAGCUGAUCCUGCCAGUGAAUAGAUGGAGGCUGUAGGUGUGGUUAUUACGCCGCAGCUGAGAUCGCCGAGCUGCCGGGCAUAACAGAUGAGAGCGCAAUAAGCCUAGCGAUGGAUGCGGCUUUAUAGCGAGAAACGUAAGUUUGGAGGAAUUGCGGCAGACAGACUGAUUUUCGGAAUAACUUUCAGAAAGAUAAGACAAAAAGCUGAUCAGCAUGGGGAACAGCGACAGCCAGCCAGCCGUUCCCAGCGCAGCGGGGACCGGCUUCUCAUUACCCCGGCGACCGAAGCCCUGCUCGCUGAGGUUCCGGCCCACUAAGAGGAAGGUGCUGUCACCACAGAGCUGGUGGAGGGGCCGUGAGGUUGGCCAAGGCGGCAGACUGCGGGCUCCCUUUGUGCACAGCCAGUAUAGCUGUUUUGGGGAGCUGACCGCUGACCGCUGUGACCGCUACCAUGCCUCGAGUGGAACUGCGUCGCCGUGGGACCUAGGCGGGGACGCCACUGGAGUGCUGUACGCAGAGCGUGACACCGGUCUGGAUAGACCCGUUGGGCCAGUGCACCUAUUGCGGUUGGCAGGGGCGUCAGACCACGUGGAGGCAAACGCGCCCCCCCUCCGGACCAGCAAGGGCAGCUCGCUGAGCUCAGAGGGCUCCUGGUACGACUCGCCCUGGGGGGCCACAGGCGAGCUCAGUGAUGCGGACAGGUCCUGCUCAUCGGGACACAUCGAGGACACCCGGGACAGUGCGAGCUCAUCGGGCCCUAUGGAGGAAAGCAGCGCCGGGGGCAGAACCAUGAUCGAUGCCAGCCCUUCUGCCCCUUCUGGGGGCCCUUUGGCCUCACAGGGCGACCUGAGGGGGUUCCACAGCUUGACGCCCACAACCUUCGCCGACCUCUACGGCGACCCCAGGGUCACAUCCUGCUCUUCAGUGUCAGGAGGAGGCGCCGAGGAGUCGGGCCCCCAGCCUGGGGGCUUCAGCUCGCACACGUUGCCCUGCCGCAAAGCUGUACCCGACACUGACGGCAGCAGCAGAAAGAGCCUGCUGAAGGGCCGCAUGCGACGCCUCGGCGACUGGACAGGGAGCCUGAGCCGCAAGCGCAGGAGGCUGCAGAGUAACGACCCAGAGUCUUUGGACAGCGGCGUGGACGUGCAGAUGGACAGCUCCCCGUCCCUGCCCUGGUACCUGGGGCCCUACCAAGCAGCCCCAAGCCCCGGCUCCACAUACGCCAGCACUCUGCCGACACGUCGCCGUCGAGGCGAAGACGACGAUCGCGGAGCCUUCAGGCAGAAUGUCUACGAGACCUUCAUGCAGGAACUGGAGACAGUCCAUGGGACAGAUGAGCUGGAGCCCAGCGAGGAGACCGAGGAGACCAGCAGCGGCUCUGGUGGCUCCUUGGAGCAGCUGGACCUGCUGCUGGAGAAGGAACGCGGCCUGGUGCGGCGAGCCGGCUGGCUGUCCUUCAAAGCGCUCAUCACCCUACACAAGGACAGAAAGUUGGAGCUCGUGCCGCGACGGCGGUGGAGGCGAUACUGGGUCACCCUCAAAGGUUGCACGCUCCUGUUCUACGAGAGCUUCGGAAAGAGCUUGGAAGGGCAGGACGCCGCCCCUCACUACGCCCUCUUCGCCGAGGGCAGCAUCGUGCAGGCCGUCCCUGAGCACCCAAAGAAGGAGAAUGUCUUCUGUCUGAGCAACGCUUAUGGAGAUGUUUACCUCUUCCAGGCGGAAAGUCAGACGGAGAUGGAGAACUGGGUGACGGCGGUGCACUCGGCCUGCGCAUCACUCCUGGCCCGGCAGCAUGGCAAGGCAGACGCGCUGCGCCUCCUGCGCAGCCAGACACAUGGCCUGCUGCAGAAGGUCGACAUGGAUGGCAAGAUGAAGAAGAUGGCCGAACUGCAGCUGUCGGUCGUCGACGACCAGAAGAACCGCAAGGCCAUCGAGAGCCAGAUUGAGCAAUGGGAGCAGAACCUGGAAAGGUUCCACAUGGACCUGUUCCGAGUCCGAUGUUACCUGGCCAGCCUGCAGGGGGGCGAGCCCCCAAACCCCAAGAUGCUCCUGGCAGCUGCCAGCCGGCCCUCUAAGGCGACACUCGGCCGCCUGGGCAUCUUCUCUGUGUCGUCCUUCCAUGCCCUGGUGUGCUCCCGUGAUGAGCUCACCCUAAGGAGGCGCUCUCGCUCCCAGUCGCAUGGCACCCGGGGCAGGCGAGGCCUUCUCUCCUCGUUUAAGGGCCUGGACACCCUGACUCGACGUGGCCGCGACAAAAAGCAGCCUGUCUCACAGGUUUUGGAGAAGAACUCUGAAGGUCAGGUUGGCUGUUUGCUCGCCUGCAACUUUGAGGAGCAGAAACUGGAUGGCCUGGCUAAUCAUUACUCCAUAGCACCACCCGAAGGCAAUCUCUGGGACAACAGCUUGAAGACGUCUGUGUACUUUCUGGAUAACCAAGUCAUUAAUGUUACCGUUAAGCAUGAUCACACUGUUGCAGACAUGCUGUCCUUAGCCUGCAAGGUGAGGCAGCUAGAUCCGGGUCAGCACUGCCUGCGUGUGAGCAUGGGGAUGGGCCCAGAGACCGAGUUCAUCACACCAGCGCCUGGGGACCUUGCCCAGGGGAUGAGCUGUGGCUUUCACCACCACUCCCCAAACAAGGCCCCCUUCCCAUCACCUAAGAACCACAAAGUCUAUCAGCCUGCUUUGAGCUCACCUGACCUGCUCUCUGCCACAGGUUUCGCUGUCACAGGCCAUGUGGAUGGAUCACGGACCAGCCACAUUUUCGUGAGCGACAUUAAUCCGGAUGGGCUUGCUUUUGCUGAAGGGCUGAGACCAGGCGACGAGAUCCUGGUCCUCAAUGGCUCGGAUGUGUCCACCCUAGACCUGGGCCUCAUGCAGACGCACUUCUGCCAGCUGAAGCUCAGUCUGGUCCUCCGACGGGAGGAUGUUGCCCUGGAGGACCAGACCCCCAUCUGGCCAGAUGCUCGUCCUACGGACUUCAGCCUGCCGGUGCCUCCUCCCUGCCACCUGGGGGUCUGCGCUGACAUGCAGGAUGAGCAGCUCAGUGCCCAGCUAUCUGCAGAUGCAGCUGCUGGCUCCGAUGUCACCUGCAGAUCUGUAGGCCCCUGUCGUGAUGAGAAGCCUGAUGUAGCUGAUGGGCGUGGCCAGCACCUCCGGGGCAUGGAGACUGUAAGUACGCUGAUGCCAGAAGCUCAGGAGAGCCUGGGGUGUCUAACAGAGCUCCAGAGGCCCCCCCAGGUUGGUCUGUCACAGCCCCCCUGCCCCCGGAACAGGCCGUCCACUGAGAAGUUACGCAAAGUCAUGCAGGAGCUGGUCGAUACGGAGAAGUCGUACGUCAAGGAUCUGAGCUGCCUGUUUGAGAUCUACCUGAAACCCCUGCAGACCCAGACCUUCCUGAGCCUAGCUGAGAUGGAGUCUCUGUUUGGGAGCUUGCCGGAGAUGCUCGAGUUCCAGAGAGUCUUCCUGCAGACGUUGGAGGACCGCAUCUCCUCUUCUCCAGACUUUAGCACCCUUGAGACCCCUGAGCAAGUCAAGAAGCUUCUGCUCUCUCUGGGUGGCUCCUUCCUCUACUACGCGGAUCACUUCAAACUCUACAGUGGAUUCUGUGCCAACCACACCAAGGCGCAGAAAGUCCUGGAGAGAGCUAAGACUGACUGGGCCUUUAAGGAGUUCCUUGAGGCCAAGAACCCCACCAAGCAGCACUCGUCUACCCUGGAGUCGUAUCUGAUCAAGCCAGUGCAGAGGGUGCUGCGGUACCCACUGCUGCUGCGGGAGCUGGCGUCCCUGACGGAGGCAGGCAGCCAGGAGCAUCUUCACCUCUCAGAGGCUCUGAAGGCCAUGGAGAAGGUAGCCAGUCAUAUCAACGAGAUGCAGAAGAUCUACGAGGAUUACGGCGUCGUGUUUGACCAGCUGGUGGCUGAGCAGAGCAGCACUGAGAAGGAGGUCACAGAGAUCUCCAUGGGCGAGUUCCUCAUGCAUUCCUCAGUGACGUGGCUUAACCCGCUGCCUUCGCUGGGCCGUAUGAGGAAGGACCCGGAGCUGACUGUGUUUGUUUUCAGGAGAGCUGUCAUCCUGGUGUGCCGGGACUGGAGCAGAGUGAAGAGGAGAGCGGCCGCAGCACGUUCAGCCACAUCUCAAGGCGACCCGGACCCCUUCCGGUUCCGCUGGCUAGUCCCCCUGCCAGCCCUGCAGGUCCGCCUGGGCAGCACUGCAGGAUCAGAGCCUAACUGCAUCUGGGAGUUGAUCCACACUAAGUCAGAGCUGGAGGGGAGACCAGAGAUGCCAUUCCAGCUCUGCAGCAGCUCGCUGGAGGCCAAGGCCACCAUUGUUAGGGCCAUCCGCUCCCUGCUGAGGGAGGGGGCGAGGAGGACCGGCCCGCCCUGGAGGGGCAGCCGGGAGCAGCUGGGUUCGACGCCUAGCGGGGCAGGGGCCUCCCUGACCUCCUGGCUGCGCAAAGGGCCACAGGCCUCCGCUGAUGCCCUGGACAGCAGUCAGCUGAACCCAGAUGAGGGCACUGAGAGCUGCGGUACCCGGAGCAGUGCUUCUGACCUGGGGGACCUUCUCCGAGAACAGAGUGGCUCCUGGCACCCCCAGGAACAGUCCCCGGCCCCUCAGCAGCCUCUCAGUGACGUCCCGGGCAGGAAGGAUGCUGAGAGGCAGGGCCCACAGCAUGACUGUCUGACCAGCACCAUCGAGGCCCAGCUGCAGAGGCUUUGGCUUGUGGAGGAGGCGGCUUUCUCCUGGCCCGCCCCCUGUGUGCAGCCAGAACAGCUGGAGCUGGAUACACACUCUGUCAUGGGCAGCACCCCCCCAGCUGCUGACAACCCAUGUGAGAGCCAGGGGGCGCUGUUGGAUGACACAGCCAGCGCUGACCUCAGCGGCCUGCUGGAGAGGGACUUCAGCGUUCACAGCCUAACCUCUGUUGUCAACGAGGACUGUUUUUAUGACAAGUCUGAGCGCGUGGCCCCCUGUGCCUGGCCCUCAAGUGCAGAGGCAUCCAGCUGCAGCCCUGAUUGACCCCUUUAAAAUCUCAGCACUCUGCCCGGGACCGGUAAUCUGCGGGGCUUAGGGUGCCCCAGUGCACCCUGGUGCCUCUUAUAUAAAAAGAAAUAUAUACUGAAAUGAAUCCAAAUUGGACUCGAGAGGGAAUUAAAAACUGGCGAGGUGUUAAAAGGUCCUCGCAUGGGGUCACCAUGCCCCCCUCUGCCUGGCUACAGUGCCGGUUUGUACCCCUGUGCUCCAACUGGCCUUCAGGCUAAUCCCACCGCUGUUGGAGGUACGCUGGACCGUGACGUACCAGCAGGGGGCAGCAUCCCCUGUGCUGUGCAGCCUGUGCCGUUAGCGCUGUGUGCCUGUAUUUGUAACAUUACUUCUUUUAAUUUUUUUACCGUGAGUUUUUAAAAAAUUUUAUUUAUUGAUACGUUUCUAUUUUUGUAUUGCCCAGGGGAUACAAGCCAAAUGGCUUUUUCGAGUUUUAUAACGCUUGAGUAAAAAUAAGCAAUUAACUUAACUGCAUCAUUUUAGAAGAAUAAUGUACAAUAAUAUUUAGUCUUAAAUUAUGGGGACAUCUUGGCUUUCAGUCUGGAGACACUGCUGUGUCAGACUCAGGGCACAACUUCAUAUAUUUGUGAGCUAAAAGCUUGCCCUACGCCAUGUGGACAUGAGAGCGAGACCUCUCCCGACUACGGGAGCAGGAGUAAAACACACUGGUGUGACAUUGCAGGUCUCACUGGGAUGGCAAGGCAGCUUUGAGUACCUGCAGCUGUGGCGAUUAAAGCAGAGCAUCUGAGAUCUUUCAGACAUUAAAAAAUGCAGCUUUCGCUAAAGCUUCUAUUGUAAAUAUCUACUCUAAUUUAAUUUUAAUAUAUUUUGUACUUUGUGUACUUGACAUUGUAAGUAGGUUUAUGGAAAAUAAUGUUAUGUGGAAUAAAUGCUUUGUUUGCACUUA